AUGUGCAGUGCCCAGCCUGGCAGCUUGACCGUGGUACAGGGCGUCCCCGAGGCACUGGUUGUUCCGCUCGGACACACCCUCUUCCUCCCGGCGGCGGAUUUGGCCCACUCGACCAUACAAGCCCUCUGGACUGCCCAGUCGGUCGCUGGGUGCCAGCAGAUUUUCACCGGGCAACGGGAUUUCUUCAAUCAGCCGGGCUGCCCAUUGGCCUUCCCGAACAUUUACCUUGGCUUGAAAACCUUCACGCCAGGCAUCUCCAAGGCCAAGGUGGUGGCAGCCAUCGGCCACGCGGGGCCCCUGCAUGAGGCCCUGGCCAGCGAGGCCGCGAAUCUCAAACCCCUGCGCCGGAUCAUCCUGUCUCACUUCGAUGCGGGCCUCCCUUCGGAAGACGGCCUGGCCGAGCUGGUGGAUCUUGUCCGGGCAUUGAAGUCCUCCGGCGCGCCGAUGGUGCUCCUCUGCACGGACCCCCUGGGCGCCGGCCCGGCUGACGCCUUGCGGGGCCUUUUCCCCAGCUUGGCGCUGGUGGAUUUCGGGACAUGGUCCCCGGCUGUGUCGAUGCCGGCGAUCAAGCUGCCCCCCACGGCGCCGCCCACCGACAUGCCGGCCCCUGCGGCGGCACCGGCCGAGGCCAAAAUGUCGGCCCUCCCCCGGGUGGGGUUCCUCCUGUCGGUGGACGCCGGGCCACCGAGCUCGGGGCUCAUCCGGGACAUCUUCUCGGCCAUGGUUUUCCGGAGCACGCUCUUCCUGGGCCGCGAUGUGCUCGCCCUGCGGGAGAUCCUGGCCGGCCUCGCGGAGGAGCGCAUCCCGGCGGCCGGGCUGAACGCCGCACGGGCCGCGCGUCUCCCCGAGGUGUUGCGCGCCCUGCGGCGGAGCAUCAUCCGCGCGCUGGUCGUGCACCACUGGCCGGGGCUGGCCCUGUCGAAGGCCGACAGCCAGGACAUCGGCCUCGUGGUGGUGGUCCUAGCCCCGGGGGACCUGCCGGCGGCCGGGACCGGCGGGCUGGCCGCCGCCGUGCAGGCCCUGCUCCCGGGGUCGCUUGACGCUCGAACUCGGCUUCUGGUGCUGGUCCCGUCGUCGCAGCUGGCCGAGGCCAAGCAGACGCUGCCCCCCCACUGGCUGGCGUUCACCUCCGGGAAGGAGCUGCACUUCCGCAUGUGA